AUGAGCUUCAUCGUCGCGCCCCUCGACGUCGUCAAGAUCCGCCUGCAGCUCCAGACGCACUCGCUCUCCGACCCGGCCUCCCACCGCGACCUGCACGGCGGGCCCAUCUACAAGGGCACCCUCGGCACCAUCCGCCACAUCCUGCGCCACGAAGGGGUCCCGGGCCUCUGGAAGGGCAACGUCCCCGCCGAGGCCAUGUACAUAUGCUACUCGGCCGUCCAAUUCACCACCUACCGCUCCGCCGCCGCCCUGCUGCACCGCCUCGCCGGGGAAGGCCACGACGAGGGCCGCCUGCCCCAGGCCGCCGAGUCGUUCGUCGCCGGCGCGUCGGCGGGCGCCGCCGCUACCGCCGCCACGUACCCGCUCGACCUGCUGCGCACGCGCUUCGCCGCCCAGGGCAACGAGCGCGUCUACGCCAGCCUGCGCCGCGCCGUCGCCGACAUCUACCGCGACGAAGGGCCACCGGGCUACUUCCGCGGGCUGGGCCCCGCCCUCGCCCAGAUCGUGCCCUUCAUGGGCGUCUUCUUCGCCGCCUACGAGACCCUGCGCCUGCCCCUCGCCGCGCUCGAGCUGCCCCUGGCCGGCGGCGACGCCGUGGCGGGCGUCGCCGCCAGCGUCCUGGCCAAGACGGGCGUCUUCCCGCUCGACCUCGUGCGCAAGCGCAUCCAGGUCCAGGGCCCCACGCGGGCCCGCUACGUGCACAAGAACAUACCCGAGUACCGCGGCGGCGCGGUCACGGCGCUGCGCACGAUCUUCAGGACCGAAGGGCUGCGCGGCAUGUACAGGGGCCUGACGGUCAGCCUGCUCAAGGCCGCGCCGGCUAGUACCAUCACGGUGUGGACGUACGAGCGCGUGCUGGACGGCCUGAUCAGUUUUGACAAGAAGGGCGAGAAGCCCGAGGCUCUUUGA